AUGGCCGACGGUGGCGGCGAUGACGGGGAGAUCAGCGACAGGCGCUUGGCGUUCGUGUACAGGUACUUGGUGAAAAGCUGGAAAUUCAAAAUGGACAAAUGGGAUAACAUGAUGAAAGUGCCGGAAAACUACAACAUGAUAAUGGACUUCUUCACCGUGCCGGAACGUGUGAAACUGUUGUUCACUUUGACUCCUUCGGGAGUAUUAAUGCCAUUGACCGAUUUCCCUGACGGUUACAAAACAAGAAUGACGUAUUUGUUAAAAAUGGAAAGGGUAGAAGUGACUGAAAGCAACUAUCAAUCAAUAUUAGAAUUUGGAGAAGUGUCUUCUAAUCCUAUCGACGAUUUGAAACAAAUCACUGAAAACGUGUUGACUAGUGUUUUAUCAAAUAAAGAUAAUUUCGAAAAUUGUGCCGAAGAGAUACUUGUGGACGUUCAAGAUAACCUAAAUGACUUGUUGAGCGAAAUUAACAAUGUAACCGGAUUGGUAAAAAACCGUCAAACACUCACGCUACCUUUUGGCUACGACAAAAUUGAUAAAGCAAUAGAAAUGUUUGAAACUAGCAAAGGUAAAGACAUAGAUGAAGUGUUGAAACACCGGAUAGAACAUAAGAUAUUGACAUGGUUUAAAGACCUAAAUAUUUUGAUGGGAUAUAAACCACAAGUGAUCCUUGACAAAGACCCUGCAGCGCUUCCGUCUGAUUUUAUUCUUUAUUGGAAAAAUCGAGAAACAAAUUUCUCAAAUUUGUACGAGCAAAUCGACAAAAAAAUUGGACAUUUUUUGACCAUAACCAACAGUCCGUAUAUGACAAUUUAUCAGCAAAUUAUUGAAACUAUAGUGUCGGCUUCCAGUGAAGCGAACACCAUUAACAAAUACUUGAACACAAUAAACAAACAGCUGUCUUACAUCGAGGUUGUCGGAUUGAUCGAAGCAAAAAACGAUUUGUACAUGAUGAUGAGAAAACUCUGUUUGAUCUGGGUGAAUUGUCCGAAAUUUCAGAACUACGAAUACAUUGUUGUUCUUUUAAGUCUUAUAUGCAAUUUAAUUAUGUUAGAGUCUUCUAAAUUUUUGGAGCCAACCGCUCUGUUUCAAGGUGAACUUAUUGAAAAUUUACCGAGAAUAGAUGAAAUUAUAGCAAUAUUACUGAAUUUCAAGAAUCACUUCGAGUUGAUCAGAACUGAAUAUCUACCAGAACAGUUUACGAUACUAGCGAAUAAAAAUAAAGAUAUGAAGGUUAAACCUAGGUAUUGGAAUUUCCAUAAAAACGACGUAUUCGAUAAGCUUAACACAUAUGAAAAACGUCUCGCUGAUAUUAAAGAUAUCAUCGUCACUCUUUUGGACUAUCAAAAAUUAGAAAAAGUAGAAGUGGGCGGUCUCAUUGGUCGUUGGUACUCCAGUAAAAUCGAAGAAAUGUUUCUUCGUUUUUCAAAAUUUUUGGAAAAACUUGGUACCAUUUCAUACGACCCAUUAGAUAUGUUUAGCGAGGCAAACAACGAAGCUUUCGAGGAAGACUAUAAUAUUUAUUUAGAAAUGUCGGACGAUUUCGACAAGCGAAUCACGACCAUCAGCAAGGCUUGUUUUGAAUACUCGGAUGAUCUUAUGUCACUUCACAAGUUCAUUAUGGUGUUCGGUGCGGCUCUAUUAGAAAGACCAAUCGUUAAAAGCAUCGUGACAGUUUAUUAUCAAAAAGUUUUGGAAUUAUUAGACCGAGAGUUAGCUGAAGAAAAGAGAAUUUUUGACCGUCAAACUGGUAUCGUAAAAAAUAUUAAUGAAGCUACAGACUAUCCAGAACUGUCGUGCUGGCCCGUAGAAACGGAUGUAAAUUAUCCACCGCUUGUGAGAACGGUUAUGUGGGGCAAUUCUUUAAAAAAUCGUCUCGUUGAAGAUUUAAAAGCUAUUGAAUCGUUAGAGUUACCAAUUAUGAAAACCCAAAAUGGAGUCACAAUUAUGUCUAAAGUUAACGAAAUUUCCGGCAUGACUGAAACUUAUUUAUGGUCUCUGUUCGAUAAAUGGAAAAGCGAUACUCCUCCAAUGAUUAGGGAGAAAAUAGUUUAUCCUCUUUUUAUUGUAAACGAAGACAAAACAAUUGGUUUAAACUUUGCUAAAGAACUUGAUGCCGCCAUUAAAGAAACCCGUUAUUUACUUCUCGGUAUUUAUUAUUAUAAAGAUCCCGCGUUAAAAAUCACAAUAGAAGAUUUACCAGAGGACGCAUUGGAGUUGUAUAAACGCGAAAAAGGGUUAAUUGAUUAUAAAAGGGAUAUUAAUGAAAUCGUUUUAUGGUACAACACAUUAAGAACGAAGACUCAUAUAACGGAAUACCAAUUAAUACAGGAAGAAAUUGAAAGAAUCGAUUUCCUCAUAGAAAACGCACAAAGAAAUGUUACUUGGUCGUCAGAAGAAUUGAUUCAUGUCGAAGAAGAAAUCGUCGAGGAGGAAGGAAUGGAGGAAGAAACUACUGUUCUUACUGUUAUCCAACACACUAUUGCUAAUAUUCAUAAGCUAACUAAAAAUCUUUACGAUCGAGUAAUGCAAAUACAAACCAACUACGCUGAAAUCGUAGCUUUAAGCAAUCAAUGGAAAUCUUUGCCAUUAUACGUGCGCGAUAAAAAUACAAUGCUAAUCGAAUUCGAAAAACGUCUAGUCGAUAUUAAAAAUGUACGAUAUAAUGAAGUGGAAGAAGCUAGUAAACGAAUACAACAGUUGCUUAAGGAGGACCUAUUGUUAUUUCAUAACGUUCCUUUGGUGGAUCCGAGUUUAAUGAACAUGAGAGGAUUCGAAGAAGAGGGCGAGGAAGAUGAAAAUGUUAUACUCGCAGAUCAAGUAGCUGUCGAUGAUAUGGAUGACGUUGAUCAACUUGAAGAAGAGGGAGAUGCAUUAGCGUCUAUUUUAGAAGAAGGUCAGGAAAUGGAAGAAGAAGGUCUUGAAGAAGAAGGAUUUGAACAAGAAGAAAUGCAAGAAGAAGAAAACAUUCAGUCGUUGAUAAAUCUAAACGAUUUAGGCCUUAACGAAGAACAAGAAACAGAAUUCAAUGAAGGAGAAGAAAUGGAAGAAGAAUAUAUUCCUGAGAGUUGGAUUGAUUUGCAAAUAAGAAUACUUUUGUCGGAUGAAAACAUAAAACGGAACUGGGAAGAGUAUAAAAAAUACGUCGAUGAAGCUGUACUUGAUGGAAUACGAAAUUCAGCCGUUUGCAGUCUCUCUUAUAUCGACACAGAAAUGAAUACAUUAAGAGAAGCGUGUGCGAUGUUCGUAGUUUUAUAUGUCCUUCAAAAGAGUGGUUCAACGUUUAUGCCUAGUUUAGAAAUUAGUGACGACGAUCUUCACUUUCUCGCAUUAAUGAAUGGACUAAUUGACGAUAUCGUAGAAUUAGGGUCUCAUAUGGAAAGGGUAGCAGACGACAAUACACCAUAUAAUGUCGAAAUAAAAAAUUUCGAAACUGUGGAAAACUUGACGAGGUCUAUCGUGGAAAGAGUAAAAAAUACUACUAAAAAAGCACUCGAAUAUGUAACGCAAUAUCAAGAAUUCUCACCUCUAUGGUCAAUAGAUCAGCAGUCGGCGUUAAAUUUGUUUAUAACCUACGGCAGGGAUCUCACUCACGACGAACUAGAAAUGAUAGACGAGGUUGACGCUGAUGGGAAUCCUGUUGUUAUUCAAAACUCACCAAAACUCGAAGAUUACAAAUCAAAAAUUGAUUCCUACGAUCGCCUCACUCAAAACAUCGACAAAAUAGUAGAUAACAUAAUUUUUGACAGUUGGUUUAUGGCGGAUCUUAAACCGUUCAGAACCAGUCUUUUGGAAUUGAUUAUAAGUUGGUCCGAUUUAUAUAAAACAUAUUUGGUCGACAAAGUAGUUAAUAGUUUGCGGGCGUUACGAGAUUUUUGCGUAGAAACAGAUGCCGGUCUUUUAAAACCAUUAGAAGAAGGCGAUUACGAAGGGCUGGUCACUAUUAUGGGUCACCUGUUUAAAGUCCGUGAACGCCAAAUGGAGUAUGAUUACAUGUUUGAGCCGUUACAAGAAAUAUUAGAUUUGCUCAAAAUUUACGACGUCGAAAUGCCAGAGGACGUUUACAUUUUGAUGCAGGAGUUGCCAGGCAAAUGGAUGACAACAAAGAAGAACGCGUUAAACGUCAAAUCUCAAGUCGCCCCGUUGAUCCAAACAGAAGGGUCGAUAAUUGGCAGAAGAAUCGUGCUGUUGGGUGUGAGAGAAACGAUAUUUAAAAAUAACUUUUUAACGGCACCCCAGUUUAGAUGGAAAUGUAAGCGUCCGUAUGUAGAAAUAGAUAAAUCAGCGAAAGACAUGGAAAACUUAGAUGAACUACACGACAAAUUGCUUUCGCAAGCCGUCUUAUUCGAAAUACCACAACCGGAACAGAAUAUAUUGGCACCUACUAAAAAAAGUUUGAAACUCAUCAAACAACUAUGGGACUUUGUUAGUGUCGUAAGAAGUUGGAUUGAAUCGUGGAAAGCGACUUUGUGGAAAGACGUGGAUACCGAAUUCAUGGACAUGGAGUUGAAACGGUUCGCCAAAGAUUUGAAAACAAUGGACAAAGAAAUACGAGAUUGGGAAGUAUACAUAAAAAUUGAUAAUAUGGUUAAAAACAUGAUGACGUCGUUGAGAGCCCUUAUUGAACUUCAAAAUCCAGCGAUGAAAGACCGUCAUUGGAGUGAAUUAAUGGAAGUGACCAAUGUAAUGUAUUUUUUUUUUUACAAAAACGCGCAGAGCACUGAACUCGAUUAUUGUCAGGUGCAAUUCUCCAUAGAGGACACGACCACUUUAGACGAUCUGGUGGCACUCAAUUUGCACCAAUGUGAGGAAGACGUAAAAAUUAUAGUCGAUAAGUCCGUCAAAGAAAUGGGCAUGGAAAAAUCGUUAAAAGAAUUUGCAGAAACUUGGAACAACAUGGAAUUUGAGUAUACUCCCCAUGGUCGUACGAAGUAUUUCUUACUAAAAGCCAGAGAAGAGCUUAUCGAAAUUUUGGAGGACAAUCAAGUGCAAUUGCAAAAUAUGAUGAGUUCAAAAUUUGUUGGUCAUUUUUAUAAUGAAGUUUCGACGUGGCAAAAAAAAUUAAACACUGCCGACAAAAUAAUCAACAUUUGGAUGGAAGUGCAAAGAGUAUGGGCGUACUUGGAAUCCAUAUUUAUCGGCUCUGACGAUAUAAGAACACAGCUUCCAGAAGAUACUAGACGGUUUGAGAUGAUUGACAGAGACUUCAAGGUUUUGCUCACCGAUAUAAAAACUACGCCAAAUGUUAUUAAAGCUACAAGUAAACCGGGAUUAUAUGAAAAACUUGCUAACAUACAAGUAGAAUUAGGAAAGUGUGAAAAAGUACUAGCACAAUAUUUGGAAACGAAACGUUUAGCGUAUCCGCGGUUCUAUUUCUUAUCCGUCGCCGAUCUGUUAGAAAUUCUGUCCAAUGGAAAUAAUCCAGAAGCGGUUUGCAAACAUUUGACUAAACUUUACGAUUCGGUGUCAGCGUUGAAAUUUGGUAAAGAAAAACUGGCAAACGGCAUGUACGCCAAGGACGGCGAAUACGUAGAAUUCUUUGGGACUCUCGAUUGCGGAGGACAAGUGGAAAGAUGGUUGAAUCGAUUAACGGAUAUAAUGAGGUCGUCGGGUCGUCAUUACUUUAGUAAAGGCGUAAAGACCUAUGACGAUAAACCUAGAAGACUAUGGAUAUUCGAUUAUCCUGCACAAACGGCGUUGUGCGGUAUACAAAUUUCGUGGACUACCGAAACUAACGAGGCAUUUGCUCGUCUGGAACUAGGACACGAGAAUGCAAUGAAAGAAUUUAAUAAAAAACAAAUAUCACAAUUAAACGAGCUCAUUGACUUGUUAUUGGGUGACCUGUCCGUUGGAGAUAGGCAAAAGGUGAACACAAUUUGUACAAUUGAUGUGCAUUGCCGAGACGUUGUUGCGAAAAUGAUACAGAUGAGAGUAGAAACCAGUGCUGCAUUCCAAUGGCAAUCACAACUUCGACACAGAUGGGACUUGAAGGAAGCGGACUGUUUUGCCAACAUUUGCGAUGCACAAUUUCGUUAUUCUUAUGAAUAUCUGGGAAAUACACCAAGAUUAGUAGUCACUCCUCUUACUGACAGGUGUUACAUUACUUUAUCACAGUCUCUGCAUUUAAUAAUGGGAGGUGCUCCGGCUGGCCCGGCCGGUACUGGUAAAACCGAAACUACCAAAGACUUGGGUAAAGCUAUCGGAAUGAUGGUGUACGUAUUUAAUUGUUCAGAACAAAUGGAUUACCAAUCGUGUGGUAACAUAUAUAAAGGUUUAGCCCAAACCGGUGCUUGGGGGUGUUUCGACGAGUUUAAUCGUAUUUCCGUUGAAGUACUUUCCGUCGUUGCGACACAAGUGAAAUCUGUUUUGGAUUCCAUCAAGGCAAAAAGGAGUACGUGCAUUUUGUUAGGCGAUACUGUCAAUCUUAUAACAACAGUGGGUAUGUUCAUUACAAUGAACCCCGGUUAUGCUGGGCGCGCAGAACUUCCGGAAAAUCUUAAAGCUUUGUUUAGACCCUGCGCUAUGGUAGUUCCUGAUUUUGAGUUGAUUUGCGAAAUUAAUCUAAUAGCCGAAGGGUUCCAAAGCGCUCGGUUACUAGCCAGAAAGUUUUUGACGUUAUACUCGCUGUGUAAAGAACUGUUGUCUAAACAAGAUCACUACGAUUGGGGUCUUCGAGCAAUCAAAUCGCUAUUAGUGGUGGCUGGUUCGUUAAAGAGAGCCGACAGAUAUCGUCCCGAAGACCAAGUGCUAAUGCGAGCGCUCAGGGAUUUCAACACUCCAAAAAUUGUUACCGAUGAUGUGGCCAUUUUCAUGGGACUUAUUGGUGAUCUAUUUCCGGCAUUGGACGUACCACGUAAACGCGAUGUCGAAUUCGAAAAUCAAGUGCGCAAAGCCACUAUCGAUCUCCGACUUCAACCCGAAGACAGCUUUAUUUUAAAAGUGGUCCAAUUGGUGGAACUGUUGGAGGUCAGACACUCAGUAUUUAUAAUCGGCAAUGCGGGUACGGGCAAAUCGGAAGUAUGGAAAACUCUAUACAAGACGUACAGCAAUUUGGGCUACAAACCGUACUACAACGAUAUUGAACCAAAAGCAGUGACAAACGACGAGUUGUUUGGCGUGAUCAGCGCGGCGACCAGGGAAUGGGUGGACGGUCUUUUUUCGUGUCUGAUCAGAGAACAGGCACAAAUGCCCGGCACCGGAUCCAAGUGGAUGGUGAUGGACGGUGAUAUUGAUCCCAUGUGGAUCGAAUCGCUGAACACAGUGAUGGAUGAUAACAAAGUCUUAACGUUAGCCAGUAACGAGCGUAUCGCUCUGACGAGGUCAAUGCGACUUUUGUUUGAGAUAUCGAAUUUGCGGUCAGCCACUCCGGCUACAGUGUCUCGCGCCGGUAUCCUUUACAUAAACCCCGCUGACUUGGGAUGGAACCCUUACGUAGCUAGCUGGAUAGACACAAGGACCAGCGCGACCGAAAAGGCGGCCCUGGUCGUGUUGUUCGAUAAAUACGUGCCGGUUUGUUUGGAAGCGUUAAAAACGAGAUUCAAAAUAAUCACUCCCAUUCCUGAAAUCACGCACAUUCAAAUGCUAUGCACGCUCUUAGAAUGCCUUUUAACGCCGGCAAAUGUACCGCCAGAUACUACGAGAGAUAUAUACGAGACCUACUUUGUGUUCGCGUGCAUUUGGGCUUUUGGUUCAGCAGCGUUCCAAGAUCAGCUGAUAGAUUGGAGAAACGAGUUUACUAAAUGGUGGUCAUCGGAAUUUAAAACAAUCAAAAUUCCACCAGCCGGAGUUGUCUUCAAUUAUUUCAUCGAAUCCGAGACUAAGCAAUUCCGACCGUGGUCAGACCUAGUGUUGCCGUUCGAGUUAGAUCCCGACGUACCGCUACAACAAACUCUGGUCAGCACCAAUGAAACAACGAGAAUUAGAUAUUUCCUUGAUCUCUUGAUCGAUAAACGCAAACCAGUUAUGCUGGUUGGUUCAGCUGGCUCAGGGAAAACAGUAAUCAUCAAUGAAAAACUUAAAUCCCUUUCAAAUGAUCUAUACGCAGUCACGAGUGUUCCCCUUAAUUUUUACACAACAUCAGAAAUGUUGCAAAUGAUUUUGGAAAAACCAUUAGAGAAGAAAGCUGGAAGAAAUUAUGGUCCACCAGGUGGCAAAACGUUAAUAUACUUUAUUGACGAUAUGAACAUGCCAGAGGUUGACGCUUAUGGAACGGUGGCACCCCAUACUCUUAUCAGACAACACAUGGACUACAAGCACUGGUACGACAGAACCAAAUUAUCGUUAAAAGACAUCAACAAUGUGAUGUUUACUGCGAGUAUGAAUCCGACCGCUGGAAGUUUCACUAUAGAUUCUAGACUUCAAAGACAUUUCUACGUGUUCGCUUUAGGAUUUCCGUCGCACGAUGCUUUACAAACUAUUUAUAAUUCCAUAUUUUCUCAACAUCUAUCUAAUCCGGCCAACAAGUUCAGUCUAACCAUAAUUAGAUUGUGUGAGCUGAUUGUGCAGUUGGCAAUAGGAUUCCACGAUAAAAUCCAAACGGUUUUCUUACCGACGGCCAUUAAGUUUCAUUACAUUUUCAACCUUCGGGACAUGAGUAACGUUUUCCAGGGUUUAAUGUUUGCUACUGGCGAGUGUGUGACGUCGACCAGUUCUAUGAUAAGACUUUGGCUCCACGAAACCAGCAGGAUUUAUGGCGACAAGUUAGUUGAUAAAAAAGAUCAAGAGACUUUCACGAAGACGAUCGUUGAACAAAUAAAGAAAACGUUUUCUGACGUUCAAGAAAACGAGUAUUUGAUUCAUCCGUUGUUGUAUUCUCAUUUCGCCGAGGCCAUCGGUGAUCAAAAAUACAUGCCCGUCCGAUCGUGGCCAGUGUUACAAAAACUGCUGACCGACGCUAUGAAUUCGUACAACGAACUGGUGGGUGCAAUGAAUCUGGUACUGUUCGAGGACGCCAUGUCUCACGUUUGCCGGAUUAACCGUAUACUGGAGCUGCCCAGAGGUAACGCACUACUUGUCGGUGUUGGCGGCAGUGGAAAACAGUCGUUGGCCCGACUGUCGGCGUUCAUUUCUUCGCUGGAACCGUUCCAAGUGCAACUGAGGGCCUCGUAUGGCAUCGGCGAUUUGAAGGCAGACCUCGCGGCGCUAUACCUAAAAGCCGGAUUGAAGAACAUGGGUAUCAUGUUCCUGAUGACCGACUCUCAGGUGGCAGACGAGCGGUUCCUGGUACUCAUCAACGACAUGCUGGCCAGCGGUCAGAUACCAGAUUUGUUCGCCGACGACGAAAUCGACAACAUCAUACAGACCAUCGGCCCGGAGGUAAAAGCGGCGGGUCUACCUGAAACCAAAGAAAACGGAUGGACGUUUUUCAUAAACAAAGUACGGUCGUUACUCAAGACCGUGCUAUGCUUCUCGCCCGUAGGCAGCACGUUGAGGAUCCGAGCCAGGAGAUUCCCGGCUCUAGUCAACUGCACUUCGAUCAAUUGGUUUUACGAAUGGCCCAAAGAAGCAUUGGAAUCUGUAUCGUACAGAUUCUUAAGUAACUUGGAAGAACUUACGUUUAAGUUGAAAAAACCCGUUUCUCUAUUCAUGGCACACGUGCACAGCUCUGUCAACGACGUGUCACUUAAGUACUUGGCCAACGACCGCAGAUACAACUAUACCACACCAAAGUCAUUUUUAGAACAAAUAACAUUAUACAUGAAGUUGCUAGUUACCAAAACGAACGAUAUUAAAUACGGUAUAUUGAGAUUUCAAAACGGUAUUAAGAAGCUUAUAAGCUGUGCGGCUCAAGUAGAUGGAUUAAAAGUCGAGUUAGACGUGCAAGAAGUUGAACUGGCUAAAAAGAAUACUAAAGCCGAAGAACUUAUUAAAAUUGUACAGAAAGAGACUGAAAAAGUGAAAUUAGAAAAAGAAAAAGCUGCCGAGGAAGAAUAUAAAGUAAAGCUCAUAGAAGAAGACGUAGCGCUUAAGCAAAAAAUGUGCGCCGAAGAUUUAGAAAAAGCUGAACCCGCAUUGGUCGCUGCACAAAAGGCUUUGGACACAUUGAACAAGAACAACUUAACGGAGUUAAAAUCUUUCGGAUCACCUCCGGCACUAGUAGUAAAUGUAACUGCUGCUGUAAUGGUGUUACAAUCUAAAAAAGGAAAAGUUCCGAGAGACAGAAGUUGGAAAGCUUGUAAGGUAAUGAUGGCUAAAGUUGACCAGUUUUUAGACUCUCUUAUAAACUACGACAAAGAGCAUGUACAUCCAGAUGUGGUCAAAGCAAUUCAACCUUACUUGAAAGACCCAGAUUUUGAUCCAGAUUUUAUUGCUGGAAAAUCGUUAGCUGCUGCCGGUUUGAGCGCAUGGGUUAUAAAUAUCAUGAAAUUCAAUGACGUCUGGCAAGUGGUCGAACCCAAAAGAAGAGCUCGAGAUCAAGCGACCGAAGAAUUAAACGCAGCUAGAAAUAAGCUUAUAGAACUCCGAAAUAUGAUUAAUGAAUUGGAGAGAAAACAGAAAGUGCUAACGGACGAAUUCGAAAGAGCGGUUGCCGAAAAGACUAAAUGUCAAAAUCAAGCUGACGAAACUGCCAUGCGAAUAGAUUUGGCUAAUAGACUUGUAAACGGCUUAGCAUCAGAAAACGUACGUUGGAAAGAAAGCGUGGCAACUCUACAAAAGAGUUUGCAGACCCUGCCCGGAGAUAUUUUAAUGGUUUCAGCGUUCGUAUCGUAUGUAGGAUAUUUCACGAAAAUCUACAGACAAGAUUUAAUGAAGAAUUCGUGGAUACCGUUUUUCAAAGAAGUCAAACCGGAAAUACCUGUAACCGACGAUUUAGAUCCGCUUGUUUUACUCACCGACGACGCACAAAUUGCUGCGUGGAACAACGAAGGUCUGCCUAACGAUCGAAUGUCUUCCGAAAACGCAACGAUAUUAACGAAUUCAGACAGGUGGCCUUUGAUGGUUGAUCCUCAGUUACAAGGAAUCAAGUGGGUCAAGAACAAAUAUGGUAAAACGUUAAAAGUAACGAGGUUAAGCUACAAAAACUACUUGGGCUUGAUAGAAAAUUGCGUGCGAGACGGUCACGUAUUACUGAUUGAAAAUAUCGGCGAGAGCAUCGACCCCGUUUUGGACAACGUGCUAGGUCGAAAUUUAAUAAAAAAAGGAAGAGCCGUCAAAAUUGGGGAGAAAGAGGUAGAUUUUCAUCCGAGCUUCAAACUUAUUUUGCAUACGAAACUUUCAAAUCCGCACUACAAACCAGAAAUGCAAGCGCAGACAACAUUAAUCAACUUUACGGUGAACCGUGAUCAGCUAGAAGACCAGCUGUUGGCUGAAGUGGUUAAAGUAGAAAGACCAGACUUGGAAAAACUCAGGACCGAACUGACCAAACAGCAAAACGGUUUCAAAAUCACUCUGAAACAACUCGAAGACGGACUGUUGCAGAGGUUAGCGUCGGCCGGCGCUGAAAUCUUAGGAGACAAAGAAUUAGUUUUAAAUCUGGAAAAAUCCAAGAAAACCGCCACCGAAAUCCAAGAAAAGGUUAUAGAAGCAAAAAUUACAUCCAAAAACAUCGAUACCGCCCGUGAAGCCUACCGUGGUGCUGCUACAAGAGCGUCAAUUCUUUACUUUAUAAUGAACGAUUUGAUUAAAAUUAACAUGAUUUAUCAAUUUUCACUCGAAGCUUUCAGCGUUGUCUUUCAGAGGGCUAUGCGAAAUGCUGAAAAAGCUAACACGCUAAGCGAACGGAUCGUUAAUCUUAUUGACAACAUAACCUACCAAACAUUUAUUUACACAGGCAGAAGCUUAUUUGAAAGAGACAAGCUGACUUUUAUCGCUCAAGUGACUAUUCAGAUACAACUCCAAGCACAAAAAGUGAAACCAUCAGAGCUAGACUACUUGUUGAGACGACCCAUUAUCGUCGGACUGUCCAGCCCGUUUGAUUUUAUAUCUUCAAACGUUUGGGGGGCUAUACGAGCACUCGUCAUGGCUGACAGCGAAUUCAUAGGUUUGGACAAAGAUAUUGAAACGUCUGGUAAACGUUGGCAAAUGUAUAUUGAAAGCGAAGCGCCGGAAAAAGAAAAGUUGCCACAAGAUUGGAAAAAUAAAUCUCCCUUACAAAGACUUUGUAUACUCCGAGCGCUACGAACUGAUCGGAUGACGUACGCCACAAAGGCAUAUGUUGAAGAAGCACUCGGGCCAAAGUACACAAAUUUCAGACCACCCGAGUUUCCUGAAUCUUUUAAAGAAACAACAUCAAAAACUCCAGUGGUUUUCAUACUGUCGGCCGGAGUCGAUCCUACUAGGGACGUCGAAGCGUUAGGAAAGAAAAAAGGUUUUACCAUCGAAAAGAAAAAUUUCCUUAAUAUUUCGUUAGGACAAGGUCAGGAAAAAAUAGCAGAAGAUGCGAUAGAAUUGUCAUCAAAGAUGGGCUACUGGGUCAUGUUACAGAAUGUACAUUUGGUCAAAAAAUGGCUACCGAUCUUAGACAAAAAAAUGGAGGCAUCUUUCGAACACCCGCAUAAAAAUUAUAGACUAUUUAUCAGUGCCGAACCGGCCCCGGGUCCUGAAUUUCACAUCAUACCUCAGGGCGUGUUAGACUCUUCCAUAAAAAUCACAAACGAGUCACCGACAGGAAUGAUGGCGAAUUUACACAAAGCUCUAGACAAUUUCAGUCAAGAUACGUUAGAAAUGUGUUCCAAAGAAGGUGAAUUCAAAGCGAUCAUAUUCAGUUUGUGUUACUUCCACUCUUGCGUGCAAGAACGAGCGAGAUUCGGGGCUCAAGGAUGGAACAGAUCGUAUCCGUUUAACGUUGGCGACUUGACAAUUUCGGUAAACGUGCUUUAUAACUAUUUGGAAGCCAAUAACAAAGUCCCGUGGGAAGACCUGAGAUAUUUGUUCGGCGAAAUUAUGUACGGCGGACACAUCACCGACGACUGGGACAGACGGUUAUGCAGGACUUAUUUGGAAGUUUAUAUGAAUCCGGAAUUGAUGGAAGGUGAUCAUUCGUUCGCGCCAGGUUUCGUGGCACCUCCAAACAUGGACUACAAAUCGUACCACCAGUAUAUUGACGACUUGCUACCACCCGAAAGUCCAAUAUUAUACGGACUACAUUCUAACGCCGAAAUUGGCACUCUCACCACGAGAUCGGAGAAUUUAUUCGCCACAUUGAUGGAAAUGCAGCCUCGGGACGCAGGUAGCUCCGGCGGAGGAGGCAUGUCCAAAGACGAAAAGGUAAAACAAGCGUUAGACGAUAUCCUUGACAAAGUUCCCGAACCGUUUAAUAUUCCUGACAUGGUGGCACGGGUAGAAGAACGUACGCCAUUCGUUAUCGUAUCGUUCCAAGAGUGUGAACGCAUGAACACGCUGAUGAACGAGAUUAGACGGUCGUUGAAAGAACUCAAUUUAGGUUUGAAGGGAGAGCUUACUAUAACCUCGGUGAUGGAAGCUUUAGAAGAAUGUUUGUUUAUGGAUAAAGUACCCCCAAGUUGGGAAAAACGGGCCUAUCCUUCAUUGUUGUCGUUAUCAUCCUGGUAUGCCGACUUGCUUCUCAGACUUCGUGAACUCGAAGGGUGGGUCAGCGAAUUCCAACUACCUUCGUCCGUAUGGUUGGGCGGGUUUUUCAAUCCGCAAUCGUUCCUGACGGCCAUCAUGCAAAGUACAGCGCGUAAGAUGGAAUGGCCAUUGGACAAGAUGUGUUUGCAGUGUGACGUUACGAAGAAAUUUAAAGAAGAAAUAUCGUUGCCACCCCGAGAGGGAGCAAUGAUCAACGGAUUAAUAUUGGAGGGAGCUCGAUGGGACGUCAAUAUGGGUUGCAUUGUUGAAUCAAUUCCCAAGGAACUUUUCCCCAUUAUGCCAGUCAUACACGUAAAAGCUAUUAUCAAGGACAAACAAGACCUGCGAAAUGUGUACGAAUGUCCCGUGUAUAAAAUUAAACUCAGAGGUCCGACGUAUGUGUGGACGUUCAAUCUGAAAACUCGCCAAAAACCGUCCAAAUGGGUUUUAGCCGGCGUAGCUAUUCUGCUGAGCAUUUGA